UUACAGGCGUGAGCCACUGGUGCCUGGCUAAUUAUGGCUUAAUACUUUUUUUCUCUCCUAUCUUAGCAGGAGCAUGCUAGAAGAUAAUGUUGCUGUGAUUAGCUUCACUCUUUUGGACUGCUUCUAUUAUUUCACCAUUGAAGUGUGGGCUCCCAAAAUGUUUCAUGAAUAUUCUUCUAUCCAUAUUCACUGGUCUCUGUUACUUUUAAAAAUCAUGUUGUCUUCCAAGGCAUCUCGGUUAAUGUUCUUCCUUAUCAGUCAGGAGUCAUGCCUGAUGCUAACGACAGUGGUCCUGCCAUGCCCAUGAUCCCAGCUACGCAAGAGGCAGAGCUCAGGAGGAUUGCGGUUCAAGGCCAGUCCAGGUUGAAAGUAUUGUUGACAAAAGGAAAAACAAAAAAGGGAAGACAGAGUAUCUGGUUCGGUGGAAAGGCUAUGACAGUGAGGAUGACACAUGGGAGCCUGAGCAGCACCUGGUGAACUGCGAAGAGUACAUCCAUGACUUCAACCGCCGCCACAGCGAGAAGCAGAAAGAGAGUGGCCUGGCCCGCACCAACAGGACCUCUCCCAACAAUGCCAGGAAACAGAUCUCCAGGUCGACCAACAGCAGCUUUUCCAAGACCUCUCCUAAGACCCUAGUGAUUGGCAAAGACCACGAGUCCAAAAGCAGUCAGUUGUUUGCUGCCAGCCAGAAGUUUAGGAAAAACACAUCUCCAUCUCUUUCAAGCAGAAAGAACAUGGACCUGGCAAAAUCAGGUAUCAAGAUACUUGUGCCUAAGAGCCCCAUUAAGAGCAGGACCUCAGUGGAUGGCUUUCAGAGCGAGAGCCCUGAGAAGCUAGACCCCAUUGAGCAGAGUCCAGAGGACACGGUGGCACCAGAGGUAGCAGCAGAGAAGCCUGUUGGAGCUUUGUUGGGUCCUGGUGCAGAACGAGCCAGAAUGGGGAGCAGGCCCCGAAUACACCCACUAGUGCCUCAGGUGCCUGGCCCUGUGACUGCAGCUAUGGCCACGGGCUUGGCAGUUAAUGGAAAAGGUACAUCUCCAUUCAUGGAUGCGCUAACAGCCAAUGGAACGGCCAACAUACAGACGUCUGUUACAGGAGUGGCGGCUGGCAAAAGAAAAUUUCUUGACGACAGAAGAGACCAGCCUUUUGACAAGCGGCUGCGUUUCAGUGUGAGGCAGACAGAGAGUGCCUACAGAUACAGAGAUAUUGUCGUCAGGAAGCAAGAUGGCUUCACCCACAUCUUGUUAUCCACAAAAUCAUCAGAGAAUAACUCUCUAAACCCAGAGGUGAUGAAAGAAGUCCAGAGCGCCCUGAACACAGCUGCCGCCGAUGACAGCAAGCUGGUGCUGCUCAGCGCUGUGGGCAGCGUCUUCUGCUGCGGCCUGGACUUCAUUUAUUUCAUACGGCGGCUCACGGACGACAGGAAGCGAGAAAGCACUAAGAUGGCAGACGCAAUCAGAAACUUCGUGAAUACUUUCAUUCAGUUCAAGAAGCCUAUUAUUGUAGCAGUUAAUGGCCCAGCCAUUGGACUAGGAGCAUCCAUAUUGCCUCUUUGUGAUGUGGUUUGGGCUAAUGAAAAGGCUUGGUUCCAAACACCCUAUACCACCUUCGGACAGAGUCCAGAUGGCUGCUCUACCGUUAUGUUUCCCAAAAUUAUGGGAGGACCAUCUGCAAAUGAAAUGUUGCUGAGUGGGCGGAAGCUGACGGCGCAGGAGGCGUGUGGCAAGGGCCUGGUCUCCCAGGUGUUCUGGCCAGGGACCUUCACCCAGGAAGUUAUGGUUCGAAUCAAGGAACUCGCCACAUGUAACCAAGUUGUCCUGGAGGAGUCCAAGGCCUUGGUGCGUUGUAAUAUGAAGAUGGAACUGGAACAGGCCAACGAGAGGGAGUGCGAGGUUCUGAAGAAGAUCUGGGGCUCAGCCCAGGGCAUGGAUUCCAUGUUAAAGUACUUGCAGAGGAAAAUUGAUGAGUUUUGACGGGCAGCUGCAUGCAGAUGACUGGUUUGAGCAGGACAUCAGUGGCUCCCAGUUCCCACAGGCCGUCCUCACAGCCUGAAACAAGUCCACCCUUAGCUCACGCUUGGAAGCAGGACUGGAAACAUCCAAGCUAUUUAUUACCGAGGAGUUUUUUAAGUACUGUAACUUUAAAAUAAAUAACUACAAAGCUCCUUUGUCCAAACGUCAUUAUUUUAUACUCACAAAUGUAAAGUGUAAUGGUGAGCCCUAGACUGCUCUUGGAAGCUCUAAUUUUUGUUUUCUUUGGCUAGUACUGUAUUUUUUUUUAAUUGUGUUUUAUUCAUUUUGGGUAACAAAAGUCUGAAACAAUGUUUGUUUUCCUCAUUGUUUUCCUUUUAGAACACAGAGUCUAUAGGGGUAUUGGCCAGCCUCUCCUCCCGUCCUCAAAUUGAGAUAGAAAAAGUUCUGAGAUACUUUUUGUCUUCUCCAAGGAGGGAGGUACAAAUACCUCAGUGAUGAGAAUUCUAAAUCAUAAGUUAAGACUUACCCUUUAGAAAAAAUGCUUCUGUUGAAAAAUCCAAACAUGCACUUAGGGUUCAUGCCGCAGUGUCAAUUGAUUCUCCUGUUCAAGUAUGUGCGGUUCUCACCCAGUUAACAUGAAGAAACCACUGUCUGGAAGAAAAUUUACUUUGCAGUAUUAGUGAAUCACUGAAUAGCUAAGUUAUAAGUAAGUUCCAAAUAGUUUUUCUGACCCUUUUGAGAAAUAACUAGAUAAGUUCUUCUUGUUGCUGGGUGAGAAAUAUUACUUCAUAUACAAUCUUGGUU